AUGUUUUUCCUCACAAUACAAUGUUUUAUUUAUGUUGGAGAAAGGUUUCGAAAUCAUUUGUUUUCUGUUACAGAUUACGUGGCUGGUGGUGAACUGUUCACUCAUUUAUAUCAAAGGGAACAUUUUAAUGAAGACGAAGUUAGGAUAUACAUAGCUGAAAUUAUACUAGCGUUGGAACAAUUACAUAAGCUUGGAAUUAUCUACCGGGAUAUCAAGCUGGAGAAUAUUCUCCUCGAUGCGGAAGGUCACAUCGUCCUCACGGAUUUUGGCCUCUCGAAAGAGUUCUGCGGCAAUGAGAAGAGAGCGUACAGCUUCUGUGGCACCAUAGAAUAUAUGGCGCCUGAGGUGGUGCGCUGUGGCAGUCAGGGGCAUGAUAUUGCCGUGGACUGGUGGUCAGUUGGUGUAUUAACCUAUGAGCUGCUGACUGGCGCCUCCCCCUUCACAGUAGAAGGAGAGAAGAACACACAGCAGGAGAUCACCAAAAGAAUAGUCAAGUGCAGCUACCCGGUGCCUAAUGACGUCAGUCCUGAGGUCCAGGACUUUAUUAAAAAAUUAUUAGUUAAGGAUCCACGACGGCGCUUGGGCGGAGGCGAGAGAGACGCGGAAGAACUAAAAAGACACGCAUUUUUUAAGACUUUAGAUUGGGAAGCAGCAGCCCGACGCGAAAUCCCAGCCCCAUUUGUCCCACAAUUGUCCCACGAAGCGGACACGAGUAACUUUGCGGGAGAAUUCACAAGAAUGAGACCCACAUACUCGCCUGCGCAGGCGCCUAAACAUCACGAUAAACUGUUUUUAGGUUAUUCGUACGUGGCCCCAAGUAUACUGUUCUCUGAGAACGUGAUAUCAGACCAAAUAUGGAUGCAGGCAACUGGCACCAAACAUGACAAACUCAAAGGAUGGGUCGCCAAGGACUCUCCGUUCUUCCAAAAGUACGCCGUUGACUUGAGCACACCGUUGUUAGGAGAUGGGUCGUACGCAGUUUGUAGGAAAUGCAUUCAUCGACAGACCGCUAAGGAGUACGCUGUUAAGAUAAUCUCAACUCAGAAGAAAGAUGUCAAACAAGAAAUUGAACUUCUGAAGGCCUGUCAGGGAUCGCCCUAUAUCAUCGCAUUGCACGAGGUUUUUCAGGACUCGGCCUUCACAUACAUAGUAACAGAGUUGGCAACGGGUGGAGAGUUGGCAUCACAUUUGGGUUCAAUUAGUGAAAAGAUCGCUCGACGUUUAUUAGCUCAGUUGGCAUUGGCCGUGAAACAUAUGCACUCGAGACGUGUAGUACACAGGGAUAUUAAGCCAGAGAAUAUAUUAUUGUCGACGUCUCGUCUCGGCGAAGCGAAGGUGAAAGUUGUGGACUUUGGUUUCGCCCGACGGUUGCCCGACUGCGACGAACGACAGAGGAUGAUGACUCCUUGCUUUAGUUUGCCUUACGCAGCCCCCGAAGUGGUGUCGUGCGCGAGGGGUGCGGCCACGGGCUACGGCGCAGAGUGCGACAUGUGGAGUCUGGGAGUUAUUUUUUACUGCAUGUUAUGCGGCAAAGCCCCCUUCGCCCCCGUUUCCCGCAAGGAACCUGUCACGUCUCUGAUGGACAGGAUUCGAACUGGAACCUUCUCCAUGGAAGGUGGUAUUUGGAGCACAAUAUCGGAAACAAGCGCACGCGCCGUUCGCGGCUUAUUGUGCGUACGCGCAGAAGACCGCAUGACUUGCGGAGAAUUAUUGCAGUUACUGGAUAUUACUGAUCACGAAGAAGAAUUCAUAGGGUUUAAAUUGGCUGACAUGACUAAAGCGGACCUGUACCAACGUCGGAACAAAAAUAAACAACGAAAAUCCAGUUCUUCCGAUCCGAGCACAUCUGACACGCAACAGUCCGAAGAGCAGAGAGAGAACUCGCUUAUAGAAACGAUAAACAAUCUCAAAAACAGAAUGAACAAAAACUCCAUAGACAACGACGUAGAACUCAUAAAGGCUAACACCCAGGACACUCCCGUCGACGAGUCCGCGGAACCCACCUUCGGAGAUACCGACGAAGUACCUUCAGUCAAACCCGUUGAGAAGACGUACGCCAAGUCCCGGUCCAAGCUCGACGACUACAUCUACAUCGAGAGCAGCCAGGGCCUGGAAGGAACCGAGGUCGCCUUCCCGAAGAGCACUCGGAGGAAAACGUCGCAGUCUCCCGUCCCGAGGAAACGGAGAAAAGUCGAAACGCCCAAAAAGGAACGCAUGGAGUUACGCAGCGACGCCAAAUCACCAGAGAAACGCGGGAGAGGCCGACCCAAGAAAGUUCCGGAAGAGAAACCCAGGAGCACCAAGGAAUCUAUCGAGAACGACAAAGUACGAGUCACCAGAAAGAGACGGCACGAAGAGACAACUAAGCCGGUGCUCAGAGAGAAGGGACAGAACGGGCGACAGAGUAAAAACAGUAGCGAAGAGAAUAGGAAAAUUAUCAAGGCCAAGAGAAAUGCGCCCAAAGCGGAGGAAGAUAACGUCCGGAUGACUAGAGCCAGGCUCAGGAGACUGGCCAUCAGUCUCUCCCUGUCCGAAGUCAAAAGCGUCCUACCCAAUCUUUCGAUAGAUUCCAACGAUCAGGAAGACGCCGUGGCGAGUAGGAAAACCAAAGGAAAGAAAAGGAACGCUAAAAAUAUUAAAUCCGAUAGAAACACAAAAAGUAUCAAAUUUAACGCGAAAUCCGUAAAAAAAGUUAGCAAAGUUAAAAAUACGAAGCGCACGCGGGCGAGUCGUAGGUGA